AGACGAAAUGAAGGGGGGUGAGAGGGAAAAAAAGCGAACUGGCAGCGUCGCCCUUUGUUUCUAGCCAGCUAAAGAAAUCGAGGGGAUAUACCGGCGAAACCUGUAUUCACUGUGUGACAGGACAGUGCUUUACUGCAUUCAUUCCUCCAGCAUCUGCUGACAGAUGUCCACUCCUGACCCCCCCAUGGGAGGGACCCCUCGCCCGGGUCCCUCCCCAGGUCCUGGGCCAUCUCCUGGGGCCAUGCUGGGGCCGAGCCCUGGACCAUCUCCUGGAUCAGCCCACAGCAUGAUGGGCCCGAGCCCAGGGCCUCCUUCCUCAGGUCACCCCAUGCCACCUCAGGGACCCUCAGGGUACCCUCAAGAGAACAUGCAUCAGAUGCACAAGCCCAUGGAAGGCAUGCAUGAGAAGGGCAUGCCUGAUGACCCACGCUACAGCCAGAUGAAGAGCAUGGGCAUGAGACCCGGUGCCCAUAGUGGCAUGGGCCCUCCUCCCAGCCCCAUGGACCAGCACUCCCAAGGUUACCCCUCUCCUCUUGGGGGCUCUGAGCACGCUCCCAGCCCCGUCCCAGCCAACGGCCCCCCCUCUGGCCCCAUGAUGCCCUCGGGCCCAGGCGGGGUGCCCAUGGAGGGCAGCGACCCCCAGAACAUGUCCCAGCAGCAGCAGCAGGGCAGGAGUGGGGUGCCUGGUGGCCCUGGCUCCAGCGGCCCAGGAGGUGGGGGCCAGCCCGGCGGCCCAGGAGGUGCCGGCGGACCAGCAGGACCCACGCCCUUCAACCAGAACCAGCUGCACCAGCUACGCGCCCAGAUCAUGGCGUACAAGAUGCUGGCGCGUGGGCAGGUGCUGCCAGAGCACCUACAGAUGGCAGUGCAGGGCAAGAGGCCCAUGCCGGGAAUGCAGCCACAAGGCAUGCCCAACAUGCCACCUUCCUCCGGACCCGGAGCAGGACCUGGGGCAGGCCCCGGGCCUGCAGCCGCCAACUACAACAGACCUCAUGGAAUGGUUGGACCCAACAUGCCUCCCCCAGGACCCUCUGGAGUCCCCCCAGGUAUGCAGGGGCAGCCCACCAAUGGACCGCCCAAAUCCUGGCCUGAGGGCCCCAUGGUGAAUGCUGCACCCCCCUCCAAUGCCCCACAGAAGCUCAUCCCCCCUCAGCCCACUGGCAGGCCCUCCCCCGCGCCCCCCUCAGUUCAGCCUGCUGCCUCGCCCGUCAUGCCCCCUCAGACCCAGUCGCCUGGGCAACCACCCCAGCCGCCACCCAUGAUGCUGCAUCAGAAGCAGAACCGCAUCACGCCCAUCCAGAAGCCCCGUGGGCUUGACCCGGUGGAAAUCCUGCAGGAGAGGGAGUACAGGCUGCAGGCUCGUAUUGCCCAUCGCAUCCAGGAGCUGGAGAACCUCCCAGGCUCUCUGGCUGGAGACCUGAGGACCAAAGCGACCAUUGAACUCAAGGCUCUGAGGUUGCUCAACUUCCAGAGACAGCUGAGGCAGGACGUGGUGGUGUGUAUGCGGCGUGACACGGCGCUGGAGACGGCCCUGAAUGCCAAGGCCUACAAGCGCAGCAAGCGGCAGUCCCUGCGUGAGGCCCGCAUCACAGAGAAGCUGGAGAAGCAGCAGAAGAUCGAGCAGGAGCGCAAGCGCAGACAGAAGCACCAGGAAUACCUCAACAGCAUCCUUCAGCAUGCCAAGGACUUCAAGGAGUACCACCGUUCCAUCACAGGCAAGAUCCAGAAGCUGACCAAAGCCGUGGCCACCUACCACGCCAACACUGAGCGCGAGCAGAAGAAAGAGAAUGAGCGCAUCGAGAAGGAGAGAAUGAGGAGGCUGAUGGCUGAGGAUGAAGAGGGCUACCGAAAGCUCAUCGACCAGAAGAAGGACAAGCGCCUGGCCUACCUGCUGCAGCAGACGGACGAGUACGUGGCCAACCUCACCGAGCUGGUGCGUGCACACAAGGCUGUCCAGGCCGCCAAGGACAAGAAAAAGAAGAAGAAGAAGAAGAAAAAGAAGCCAGAGAAUGCAGAUGGUCAGACCCUGGGCCCAGAUGGAGAGCCUCUGGAUGAGACCAGUCAGAUGAGUGACCUGCCGGUGAAGGUGAUCCACAUGGAGAGCGGCAAUAUCCUGACUGGGGAUGAGGCCCCUAAAUCUGGCCAGCUGGACACUUGGCUGGAGGUGAACCCUGGGUAUGAAGUGGCACCACGUUCAGACAGUGAAGACAGUGGAUCAGAAGAAGAGGAGGAGGACGACGAGGAUCUGCCACAGACAUCUCAGGCUCCCAUUGUGGAGAAGAAGUUGAUUCCAGACCCAGACAUCGCGGAGGUGGAUGAGACGGACGUUGCAUGCAUCAUCGAAAACGCCAAGCAGGACGUGGACGACGAGUACGGGACAGCAGCGUUCAACCGUGGCCUGCAGUCCUACUACGCCGUGGCCCACGCCGUCACAGAGACGGUGGAUAAGCAGUCCUCCCUGUUGAUCAACGGCCAGCUCAAGCAGUACCAGAUCAAGGGUCUGGAGUGGUUGGUGUCCCUCUACAACAACAACCUGAACGGGAUUCUGGCUGAUGAGAUGGGCCUGGGAAAGACCAUCCAGACCAUUGCUCUCAUCACCUACCUCAUGGAGUUAAAGCGCAUCAACGGACCCUUCCUCAUCAUCGUGCCCCUCUCAACCCUCUCCAACUGGGUGUAUGAGUUUGACAAAUGGGCUCCAUCUGUGAUAAAGAUCUCUUACAAGGGAUCCCCACAAGCUCGCCGCGCCUUCGUCCCCCUGCUGCGUAGUGGCAAGUUCAACGUGCUGCUCACCACGUAUGAGUACAUCAUCAAGGACAAGCAAGUACUGGCCAAGCUCCGCUGGAAGUACAUGAUCGUGGACGAGGGCCAUCGCAUGAAGAACCACCACUGCAAGCUGACGCAGGUUCUGAACACACACUACCUGGCCCCGCGGCGAGUGCUACUCACGGGGACGCCGCUGCAGAACAAGCUGCCCGAGCUCUGGGCCCUGCUCAACUUCCUGCUGCCCACCAUCUUCAAGAGCUGCAGCACCUUCGAGCAGUGGUUCAACGCGCCCUUCGCCAUGACCGGAGAGAAGGUGGACCUGAACGAGGAGGAGACCAUCCUGAUCAUCCGCCGUCUGCAUAAGGUGCUCCGCCCCUUCCUGCUGCGCCGGCUCAAGAAGGAAGUGGAGGCUCAGCUCCCCGAGAAGGUGGAGUAUGUGAUCAAGUGCGACAUGUCCGCGCUGCAGAGGGUGCUGUACAGACACAUGCAGGCCAAAGGAGUCCUGCUCACCGACGGCUCCGAGAAGGACAAGAAGGGCAAGGGGGGCACCAAGACUCUGAUGAACACCAUCAUGCAGCUGAGGAAGAUCUGCAACCACCCCUACAUGUUCCAGCAAAUCGAGGAGUCUUUCUCCGAGCACUUGGGUUUCACCUCGGGCAUCGUGAGUGGGCCUGACCUGUACCGUGCCUCUGGCAAGUUUGAGGUACUGGACCGGAUCCUGCCCAAGCUGAACGUCACCGGUCACAAGGUGCUGCUCUUCUGUCAGAUGACCUCCCUCAUGACCAUCAUGGAGGACUACUUCAGCUACCGCAACUUCAAGUACAUGCGUCUGGACGGAACCACUAAGGCCGAGGACCGUGGCACGCUGCUGAAGAACUUUAACGACCCCGAGUCCAAGUACUUUGUGUUCCUGCUGAGCACCAGAGCUGGAGGCCUGGGCCUGAACCUGCAGUCAGCAGAUACCGUCAUCAUCUUCGACAGCGACUGGAAUCCCCACCAGGACCUGCAGGCCCAGGACCGCGCCCAUCGUAUCGGGCAGCAGAACGAGGUGCGCGUGCUGCGCCUCUGCACGGUCAACAGCGUGGAGGAGAAGAUCCUGGCCGCGGCCAAGUACAAGCUCAACGUGGACCAGAAGGUCAUCCAGGCCGGCAUGUUCGACCAGAAGUCGUCCAGCCACGAGCGGCGGGCCUUCCUGCAGGCCAUCCUGGAGCACGAGGAGCAAGAUGAGUCUCCGGUAUCGAUUGUCCAGGAAGAAGAUGAAGUGCCAGAUGAUGAGACUGUAAACCAGAUGAUUGCAAGAAGCGAAGAGGAGUUUGACCACUUCAUGCGUAUGGAUCUGGACCGUCGCCGCGAGGACGCACGGAAUCCCAAGCGUAAACCGCGACUGAUGGAGGAGGAAGAGCUUCCCUCGUGGAUCAUCAAGGACGACGCCGAGGUGGAGCGGCUCACCUGCGAGGAGGAGGAGGAGAAGAUCUUCGGGCGCGGCUCCCGCGCGCGCAAGGAGGUGGACUACAGCGACUCGCUCACAGAGAAGCAGUGGCUCAAGGCCAUAGAGGAGGGCAAUCUGGAGGAGAUAGAGGAUGAGGUGCGGACCAAAAAGACCACUCGCAAGCGCAAGCACCGCGACAUCGAACCUGGCCCCGCCACGCCCAGCUCCAGCGGAGGUCGCAGCAGAGACAAGGACGAGGAUGGCGGCAGCACCAAGAAACAGAAGAAACGCGGGCGUCCCCCGGCCGAGAAGCUGUCCCCCAACCCCCAGUCCCUCACCAAGAAGAUGAAGAAGGUCGUGGACGCUGUCAUCAAGUAUAAGGACAGCGUCAAUGGCCGUCAGCUGAGUGAGGUCUUCAUCGUGUUGCCCUCCCGCAAGGAGCUGCCCGAGUACUACGAGCUCAUCCGCAAGCCUGUGGACUUCAGGAAGAUCAAGGAGAGGAUCCGUAGCCACAAGUACCGCAGUCUGAAUGACCUGGAGAAGGACGUGAUGUUACUCUGCCAGAACGCCCAGACCUUCAACCUGGAGGGCUCACUGAUCUUCGAAGACUCCAUCGUGCUACAGUCAGUCUUCACCAGCGUGCGUCAGAAGAUCGAGAAGGAGGAGGACAGCGAGGGCGAGGAAAGUGAAGAAGAGGAGGACGAUGUUGAUGAAGGCUCCGAAUCGGAGUCGCGCUCGGUGAAGGUGAAGAUUAAGCUGAGCAGGAAGGAGAAGGGGACAGAGCGAGGGAAGGGGAGGCGGCGUAUGGGGCGUGGCUCCCGCGCUAAACCAGUAGUGAGCGACGAUGACAGUGAGGAAGAGCAGGAAGAGGAACGUUCCGGAGGCAGCGGCAGUGAAGAAGAUUAAGCCUCUACAGGACCAAUGCCCCUCUUUACCCCCACCACACAUGCAUACUCACACACACCUGUGGCCACUCGACAUCAUCUAUAAACUUGUGUGUGCGUCUGUAUGUGUGUUCUGGGUGGGAGGAGUCAGACCGAAGACUGGGGUAUAGUUUGACUUUAGAUGAGCAGAUGUUUUUUUUUUUUUAGUUACAUGUGUAUCAGAUGAUGAAAUAAAAAUGUGCGAUUAAAUUUAAGAAAAAACAAAAAACAAAAAAAAAACAAAUCCACCUCCAUAUUUAAGCAGGCAAUCCCGAUCUAAACUGUAGAAGCGUUUACGUCUUUGGCUGUUUGUUUGUUUGAUGGGGUUUUUUGUUUGCGUUGAGAUGUGUGUGUGUUUGGGAGCAAAUCAGACGAGGGCUGACUAAGGACCACACAGAGGGUUUUACUUGACAUUUUAAAGUGAAGCGUUUUCAUUAUUUUUUUUUUUCUUCCUUUUUCAUCACUUAUGCUGCGGAGUCGAACCAUUCCCCCCCACCCCCACCUUCCCCCCUGAAUGCAUGUUGUGUGUGUGUGUGUGACUGUGCGUAGAAGUGCACGUGGAAAACACGGAGUUUCACCAACUUUUCUUUUUUUUUUCUCUAACGUUUCUCUCCGUCUCACUCUCUUUUCCUCCCUUGUUUUCCUCCGAUGAUUAAUUUAAGGAAAUUUAGCGGGAUCAAGGUACGUCCUGCUCUCUCGCCCUCAGCUCAUGUAGGUGAGGAGGGGGGACACGGUGAAGACUCUGUCUUGUGUCAGUGUCACUGGAUUUCCAAAUCUACAAUAAAGGCAUCUCAUUAAUCCA